ACAAGACAUACAAGAAUUGAAAACUGCCCACAUAGAGAAGGUUCAUUUUGUUUUAGACCCACUAUACUUGUACACGUGCUGUACAUCAUCCUACAGAGGAAAACGCAGAAGAAGAUUGAAUUGCCAUUAUACAAAGGCAUUAUUUAUGAAAGACAGUUAUGAAUACACCUGGGAGAAGAAGAGGUAGACCAAAUAGAGGAGGAGGCCGGUAUAAUAAACCCCAUGGAGGAAGAGGAAGCUCAGCUGGAAGCAGGAAAGGUUCAUCAAGAUCGUGGGAUGAUGGGGAUGACUUCAGUGUAUUCAGUAAUGCAAGUGAAUCUUUCAGUGCCAUCAGAAGAGGAAGUGGAAGAAAUGAAAGAAGAGGAAUGAGAAGAGGCGGUGGUAGAAGAGGUGGGACUGAAGGAAGAGGAAGAAGACCCUGGGCCAAAUCUCAACACAGUGUCCCCUUGCAAACCUUACAUAUGACUUCAGAGAACCAAGAGGAGGUGAAAGAGCUCCUCAAAGAACUUCAGGGACAAGAGUAUGAGACAACAGCCGGCAGCUCAGCUGAAUCUGGUGAAGAAGGCGAGGAGAUUGACGAACUUGACUAUCGAGAUGUGGAUCAGUAUUGGUUAACUGAGCUUGAGUCUGCAGAACUGGCAAAAGAGGCAGAAAAAGCUGAAGCUGCAUAUUUUGAAUCUGAUACCUGUGAGCCUAAGAGGUCUGUUGUUUCUCCAUUUGCUAUUCGGAAGCUUUGCAGAUAUGGCUUUGAUAAGGAUCGCUGUGUGGCAGCCUUGGAGUCAUGUGAUGGUGAUGUGGGUGCUUCGCUGGAAUAUUUACUGUUGCAGUGUUUCUCUGAAAAAUUUCAGGAGAAGAUGGUAGUACCUGAAGCUGCUGCUUGUAGUAGUAUGGCAGAGUGUAUAGAACAAAGAAUAGAGGAAGCAUUUGUCCUUUGUUCAAUUUGUGGUGAUAAUUUCAUUGAAAGAAUUCCAAACAGAGUUUGGACAGUAGGUUUGCAGCUAGAAUAUCUUACCAAGAAAACUAAUCCCUUUUGGAAAGGUGAAACUGUAAAAGAAAAAAACAAACAAACUUCACAACAAGUGUGCCAGUAUUACUUGAAAGGCAAUUGCAAAUUUGGCUUAAAAUGCAGGUUUAAACAUGAAGCACCCUCUGAACAGUUUCCAAAGAACAGUAGAAAUUCAGGAGUAACUCACUCUAAUAAUAACCAAGAGACACAGUACUUGUAUGAACUUGAGAUCCGGUUUCCAGAGGGGAAUAAAUAUCCACAUGAAGCUGCACUUGUUGCAUUUUCUUCCACUAAUGACCAUCUUUCUCCAGCUAGCCGAAUACACAUAGCAGAGUCCCUCUAUGAAGAAGCAUUAAAAGCAGCAGAGUCAGCUGAACCUGUAGUGUACAGUUUAAUAACUUACUUAGAGGACGAGGAUCGAAUCACAGAGCUACUUGGCAUUACACACCAUAAAUACAGUGUUCCUCCAUCAUGUUUAUUACCAUCGUCUACAAAGAAAAUAGCUCCCAUAGUUCCUGCACAGGAUACCCGAAACAGCCCAUCUCCUCUGGACAAGCACUUAGAAGCUAAUGAAGAUUCCGAUUUUGAACAGGAUGAAAAGGAUGAGGAGCAGGAGGCCAGACCAGUUAUGGUAGAAACAGAGAGUUAUGUACAUAUUAAGAAAAAACUUUCAAGAAAAUAUGACUGGCAAUCAGAAAAUGCACUUGAGGAAAACACUGUACUUUGCAAGCGUUUCAGGGCAAAACAGUCUUCCAGGAGGUACCAGUCAAUGUUGGAAGAAAGGCAGAUGCUCCCAGCAUGGCAAGAAAAAGAAAACAUAUUGGAUCUAUUGAAUAAGCAUCAGGUUUUGGUAGUGAGCGGGAUGACUGGGUGUGGGAAAACAACACAAGUCCCCCAGUUCAUCUUGGACGAUUCUUUGAAAGGACAUGCUAAACAAGUAGCCAACAUCAUUUGUACCCAACCACGUAGGAUUUCUGCUAUUUCUGUGGCUGAACGUGUGGCCAAGGAAAGAGCAGAACGUCUUGGAGUUACUGUGGGGUACCAGAUCAGACUAGAGAGUGUGAAGUCUUCAGCUACUAGACUGCUGUACUGUACUACUGGAGUAUUACUGAGGAGGUUAGAAGGAGACACAGCUCUACAGGGUGUCACACAUGUUAUUGUUGAUGAAGUUCAUGAAAGAACAGAAGAAAGUGACUUUCUGCUGCUUGUGUUGAGGGAUAUAAUGAUUCGGAGACCAGAUCUGCGCAUCCUAAUGAUGAGUGCAACUCUGAAUGCUGAUUUGUUCUCUCAGUACUUUAAUACAUGCCCUACUGUCCACAUACCAGGUCACACUUUCCCAGUUGAUCAGUUCUUCCUUGAAGAUGCUAUUGAAAUGACUGGGUACACUUUGGAGGAUGGAAGCCCCUAUGCACGUUCUGUGAAAAAAGGUCCUGGGGAGCAUGUUGCUUCAUCUAAAGGAAAAAGUCAGCAGAGUUCUAUAGAAGAAGUUGAAGAGGAAAUAUCAAGUCUACACCUGUAUGAACAUGACAUUAUCAAAGAUACAAUUCCUGAUCAUAAGCUAACUGUUAAGCAGUUCAUGAUACGCUACAAAGGGCUCAGCAAACAUGUUAUAAAAACACUAGCUGCCAUGGACCUAGAGAAGAUUAACUUGGAUUUGAUAGAAGCUUUACUUGAAUGGAUUGUAGAAGAGGACCAUGGAUAUCCACCAGGUGCCAUCUUAAUAUUUAUGCCAGGUUUGGCAGAAAUCAAGUUACUUUAUGAGCAGCUACAGUCAAAUCCUCUUUUUAAUAACAGGCGCAAGCGAUGUGUUAUAUAUCCACUUCAUUCAUCUCUCUCCAGUGAAGAACAGCAGUCUGUGUUUCUAAAGCCCCCUACAGAUGUGACCAAGAUAGUCAUUUCCACUAACAUUGCAGAAACAUCUAUCACAAUUGAUGAUGUUGUUUAUGUAAUCGAUUCUGGAAGAAUGAAAGAAAAAAGGUAUGACCCUAGUAAAAGCAUGGAAAGCUUAGAAGACACCUGGGUAUCGAAAGCAAAUGCUGAGCAAAGGAAGGGACGUGCUGGCCGUGUGGCAUCAGGUCUAAGUUUUCACCUUUUUACCCAUCAUUGUUUCCAGCAUCACCUCUUAGAGCAGCAGCUGCCUGAAGUACAGAGAGUGCCACUCGAACAGCUUUGCCUUAGGAUCAAGAUCUUAGACAUGUUUUCAGACCACACUUUAGAAUCGGUUUUAUCAUGCUUAAUUGAACCUCCCAGUAUUGAAAGCCUACGGUCUGCUAAACAUCGACUUCAGGACCUUGGAGCUCUAUCACCAGAGGAAAAGCUGACACCCCUUGGGUAUCACUUAGCAUCUUUGCCAGUUGAUGUAAGGAUUGGAAAAUUAAUGUUGUUUGGUGCAAUCUUUCGCUGCCUAGAUAGUGCCUUAACCAUAGCAGCAAGUCUGGCUUUCAAGUCGCCUUUUGUUUCCCCAUGGGAUAAACGGGAUGAAGCUAAUGAAAAAAAGCUGGAAUUUGCUACAGCAAACAGUGAUCAUCUGACUUUUCUCCAGGCUUAUAAGGGAUGGAUACAUGCUUUGAAGAACAGUUCUCGUGCAGCUUUCAUCUACUGCAAACAGCAUUUCCUGUCAGGAAGAGUCCUACAAGAAAUUGCUGCUCUCAAAAGACAGUUUGCAGAGUUGCUGUCAGAUAUUGGGUUUGUGAAAGAGGGACUGAAAGCCAAAGAUAUUGAGAAGAUGUCUGUAUCUGGAGGAGAUGGCAUUUUGGAAGCCACGGGUGAAGAGGCAAAUUGUAAUGCAGACAACAUUAAGCUGAUGUCAGCAAUGCUGUGUGCUGCACUCUAUCCAAAUGUAGUUAAGGUAUCUACUCCGGAUGAUAAAUAUCAACAAACAAGUACAGGUGCUGUAAAGACACAACCAAAAGCAGCAGAACUGAGAUUUAUCACAAGAAAUGAUGGCUUUGUUUAUCUCCAUCCUUCCUCUGUGAACUUCCAGGUUCGAGUGUUUGAAAGUCCCUACUUGGUUUAUCAUGAGAAGGUUAAAACCAGCCGACUAUUUAUUCGAGACUGCAGCAUGGUUUCGGUAUAUCCUUUGGUUCUCUUUGGUGGAGGACAGGUCAACAUUGAACUACAAAGAGGGACAUUUGUCGUCUCACUGGAUGAUGGCUGGAUUUGCUUUGCAGCAGCAUCUUUUCAGGUUGCAGAACUGGUAAAAGAACUUAGAUGGGAACUUGAUCAGCUGCUGCAAGAUAAAAUCAAAAACCCAAGUAUGGACUUAUGCACUUGUCCACGAGGAUCACGCAUUAUCGACAUGAUCGUUAAGCUUGUUACCACCCAGUAACACAUCUUGUCAUACCGCAGUGUACAGUGGUUGGGAAUAUGAACAUGAGAAUUUCUUUAGCAUAAAAAACUGAUAACUUGAUCUUCACAAGCUUGACUGGAUUUUGAGUUGGUGUGUGUGCACAUUUCAUUGGAGCACUGGAGAAAAUUAUACCAGAUAUAAUUAAUUGUACAUGCAUAGCAUAUGCAAAACAUAUUUAUCAGGAUAAUGAAUUACACAUUAGAGUACAUGUAUUAUUUUCUAUUUAUUGUAGACAUGGGGCUGGCUGCUGAAAAGUAAUGUAUACUUGAAACAGCAGCAGUUAAGCACUUGAUCUGUUUUACUAAAUGGACUAUUCAAUGCAUGGUAUAGAAAAUUUUACUUUGUAUCUGAAGAGGACAUUUGAUUUAGUACAGCCAUUUGAAUUAAUAAAAGAAGAACUGAUUUAAUGGUAAAAAAAAAUGCUGCAAAUUAAUAAAUGCCUUAAAAGGUUAUAAGACUG